UUAAGUGGACUUGCUUCGCCGUGAUCUACCUCCAACAAACGGACCAGCAUCACUGUUUCUCUCCCCAGCGCUAUCGAUCAAACAAAUCCGCUCCAGAGAUACAAAAUCCAUCAUUUAUUUCGGUUAAGCUUCCUCAAUACGCCGCCGAGCUGAUUGAACCGCAACGCGCAUUGAAUCCCAUCGAGAAAACCGGGCAACUCCCCCACAAUGGCUCCAACAAAGCCGACGAACGACGAACUCGCUCAGCAGAAAGCCUUACCAAACAAGCCAGAAACAAAACUACCCCCCAUCCCCCAUGGCUCCCGCAUCCAAAAACGCCCUCUUCCCGGCCCCUCCCCCUCCGCACGCCCCCGAACAAACACAAACAGCACCGCCAAUUCCAGCCGCCGCAGCGCCUCCCCUUCCUCCAUCGAAGCCCGCAUGGCCGCCGCCGACCCGGACGGCUACCUCCCGCCGCCGCGCGCAUCCCACACCGCCGUCAUCAAGGUCUCGUCGGGCGCCUCCUUCAUGAGCCUGGUGCGCAGGGCGCGCAAGGCGCUGGAUAAGGCGCCCGCGCGGCAGACGACCAAGGGACUGCCGCUCGCUGCGCGGGUGGCGGCGCUUAAGGUUAGGGGUGGUGUUAGUGGUGGUGUUGCUGGUGGUGGGGGGAGUUCGGCGGCGGCGGUGGGGAAUGGAAGGGGGCCGACGGGCCGGCUGCUGGCGGAUGCGCUGGAUGAUGUGGUGCUUGUUGCGACGGGGAGGGCGAUUGAGAAGGCGGUGGAUGUGGCGGGGCUGUUUACGCGGGAGAAGGAUUUGGUGGUGUUGAUGAGGACGAGGAGCUUGAGGGCGGUGGAUGAUGUGGUGGCGGAGGAUGAGGAGGCGGAUGUGGAGGAUGAGGUUAGGGUGAGGUAUGUUAGCAGUUUGGAGGUGGGGAUACGGUGGGCGUCUUGAGGAGGGGACUGGGUCUUCGGCGAUUGACGAUGGGUGAUUUCCAACCUGGGCUCGAGCUCAGGGGCAACGGCAUCGUGGAUGUUUUAGCAUGGUUCAGGCGUUCGGACGGGAAAAGGAACGGCGGUGCCACGGUGGAUGGUUUGGCGUUCAAGAAUUGCACGGUUUGGGGUCCCAGCACCACCUAUCACUUUCUAGUGCGGCACUCGCAGCUUUGCACAGCAAAGAAUCGUACUAACGAUGGAAUAUUUAGCGUUACGUACAGAAUAACAACAGGGCUUUUUUUUUCUUUUU